AACUUCUUGACUUCCUGAAUGACAUACGGAUGGGGACCCUCAACGAGAAAUCAAGCAACCUGAUGUGUCGCCUAGAGAGACGUGUUAUUUAUCCAAAUGGAAUGCGACCGGUGGAAAUACAUUGCCAUCGAAGCAAUGUAAACUGGACAAAUCAAAACUGUAUCUCUGACUUGCCUGGGAUGCCCGUGACCUAUGCAGCUAUAGACACAAAGGAGCGGCGAGAAACAAGAAAAGGAAGACAAGCUAUCGAUCGAAUGUUCGACAAGGAACGAGCACCAGUCACAUUAACGCUCAAAGUGAAUGCUCCCGUCAUCCUCCUGAGAAACAUGCCAGAGCACGUAGAGCUUGUGAAAGGGCGCUUCGGCACUGUUCUAGGCUUUGUCACACACACUGAUUGGGAAUCAAGAGGAGAAGACAUUUCCUUGUUCACGGACAUGGAGCUGUAUCCGACAAAGGCAACUGUUUUCAAAGAUUUGAUUGACUCCUCGACGAGGUAUCCAAUUGUGAGAUUUAAAGAGAUCGCCCAUCUCAGGGCGAUCACGGUGCUGGUGUGUCCCCAGGACUGGGAGGUCAUGCGAACGUGGGGGGAAGGCCAGACCAGAUCGUUCGGAGGAUACCGUCGCCAGGUGAGCCAGUGCUGG